AUGUCUAACAAUGUAUCUCCUUCUGUCAGUUAUAUUGCACCAUUAACAAUAAUGGCAUACUUCUAUGUCAAAGCAAGUAGGGAAUUACAAAACAAAGAAGAACCACCACCAGUUGUGAUAUUUGGAGUAAGACCAAAGUUGACUUAUUCCAGACAAGGGAGCACAGCAAGCAACGAUUUAACAUUAUUCCAUGGAGGGAAACGUGCUAGAGAUAGUUUAGCAAACACAGCAACAGUUGGACUCUCGGGAUUCUCAAAUACUUAUGAGUUAUAUGAUGUAGAGUUGAAUAUAAAGAAAGAAAAACGUACGCAGAAGUAUCUUAUUUUUAUGGUGUCUGUCUUUGCUAUUUCAUUGUGUCCUCUGAUGAUGUUGAAACUCGCAAAAUUAGCUGUGGUAGAAACGUACGAGAAUGCAGGACAUUUUGACAUAACCUACACCCUGUUUGUUUUACUGGGAUUUUCUUCAGCUGUUACCACUCCAGUUUUGUAUGCUUCUUGGCAAAUGAGCAGGCCGACGAAGGAACGACUAAAGGGCUACUUCCAGUAUUCAAGUAGACGUUUGACAUAUGCUUAUGAAGGUGGAGUACGUAAGCCAAAACGUCAACAUGGUCAUUCAGGUCUUGCUAAUGUGGCAUAUACUCAACAUCCAAAAACAGGAAGUAUCAGUGGAAGUAAUGGAGGUGAAGGAAGCUCUCGAGAUAAUAUUAGUCUCCAUAGUGCUGAUCUUGAUAGCAGUGCACAUAUUUUUUGUUAAACAUUUUUGUAGCUCUUCUUUUGUUGCAUUCUAACACGUGCGUGACUUUUUAUCAUGCAGAUAAUGUUAUAUUCUCUGAAAGGAGCCAAUUUACAAUGGCACGAUAAAAUGUCACUUUAUGAAAUACGUUAUAAAAGAAAUACAAUUUUUUGUUAAGUAUUUUGAUGUCAUAUGUGACAAUAAACAUGAUGGCCAAAUAAAUAUUUUCCGUGUCCAAAUAUGUCAAUAUUAUUUGUAUGAACAAUUGAAUUCAUGUAUCUUGUAAAUAUAAAUA